AUGGCUUUCGGUGCUGACAUGGACGGCUGGGCCGGCAACGGCGACCUGGCCCUGGUCGAGAGGAAGAAGGCCCGCACCUUCCUCGGCGUCUCGUGGGGCGAGGCCAAGCUGCUCACCAUCGCCGGUGUCGGCUUCCUGAUGGACGCCUGGGAUCUGUUCAUCAUCAACAUGAUCUACGCCAUCAUCCUCGUCGCCUACUACCCCAAGGGCACCAAGAACAUCCACUGGGGCCUCGACGGCGGUGUCCUCAAGGCCUCCGCCAACAUCGGCAACAUCGUCGGACAGCUCUUCUUUGGCUUCUGCGGCGACUUCUUCGGCCGCUCCGCCGUCUACGGCAAGGAGCUCAUCAUCGUCAUCUUCGCCGUCAUCCUCCAGAUCGCCGCACCCGACUCGAUCGGCGGCCAGGGCAUCACCAUCUGGCUCGCCGUCUUCCGCUUCAUCAUGGGUAUCGGUAUCGGCGGUGAUUACCCGAUGUCGGCUUCGGUCGUCUCGGACCGCGCGCACAUCGGCAACCGUGGCUUCCUGCUCUCGUGGAUCUUCUCGAACCAGGGAUGGGGCAACGUCGUCGGCUCGCUCUUCAGCGUCAUCGUCAUCGCCGGCUACCGCAGCCACGUCGACGCCGGCGAUGUCCACAAGCUCUCGGGCGCCUGGCGCAUCCUCCAGGGCCUCACCCUGAUCCCGGCCUUCAUCACCCUCUACUUCCGCCUCACCCUCGUCGAGUCGACGCGCUUCACCCAGGCGCGCAAGCUCCAGGACGACCCCGAGCUCCUCGCCCGCGUCGCCCAGAAGGCCGACACCUCGGACGAGGACAUCAAGGAGAAGCACGUCGACGGCGUCGAGACCCCGCAGAACGAGGCCAUCGGCCUCGGCUUCAAGUCGGUCGGCAGGCCCAAGAACGAGUUCAUCGAGUACUUCUCCGAGUGGAGGCACCUCAAGACGCUCAUCGGCUGCGCUGCGUCGUGGUUCCUGGUCGACAUCACCUUCUACGGCAUCAACCUCAACCAGUCCAACAUCCUCUCCAACAUCGGCUUCACCACCGGCUCCACCUGGGGCAAGCUGAUGAAGACCGCCACCGGUAACCUCGUGAUUACCAUGGCAGGGUUCUUCCCAGGCUAUUUCUUCACCAUGGCCACGAUCGAGAAGGUCGGACGCAAGCCGAUCCAGCUCGUCGGGUUCCUGGCGAACGCGCUUUUCCUUGGAAUUCUCGGCGGCACCUUCGACACUCUCAAGCACAAGACCGGCCCCUUCUUCGUCGUCUUCGUCUUCCUCCAGCUGUCGUUCAAUUGGGGCCCGAACUCGACGACCUUCAUCGUGCCUGCAGAGGUGUUCCCGACGAGGGUUAGGGCCACUGCGCACGGCUUCUGUGCCGCUUCCGGCAAGCUCGGCGCGAUUCUGUCGUCGCUGUUCUUCUCCUACCUGGCCAGCCAUACCAAGGUCGGCACGACAGGCGUUUUCUGGAUCUUCUUCGGCGUUUCCAUCCUCGGCGCCGUCGUCACCUUCCUCUUCGUCCCCGAGACCAAGGGACUCGACGCCGACGAGAUCGACCGCCAGGAGCUCGCCGCCAAGGCUGGCAACCUCUAA